GAAAGAAAGCACACCGACUACUAUAGAGUUUUAGACAGUAUCCCUAGAAUUUUAAACACUCAUCUAAAAAUCGACAAAAAAAAUAUAAGAAUCAAGUUAUUGAAUUUAUCCAUUGUAAUAAUCUUUUGGUCAUUUUUUUUAAGCGUAACAAUUUUGUAUAUGUUUUUUUGAAACGAUAUUGUUAUUAUAUUUGACAUCUAUGGUCUAUGACAAAACGAUGUGUAAACAAAUCAAUACAAAACAAAACGUUUUUUACAUAUCUUAAAACUAUUUACAUCGGUUCUAAAUUAUUCAAUAUCAAUUUAAGAUAUACAUAUAACAAUUGAAAUGCCUUUAGAGAAAACUACCCUCCCGCCUGGAUGGGAGGCAAAAAUUGAUAAAAAAACAGGAAAAACGUAUUAUGUUAAUCAUUAUGAAAAAAACACGACUUGGGAUCAUCCCUGUAACUCAAAAAAAUUCAAUGCAAAAACAAAUGGAUACCCAAAACAUGCAGGAGGAGAUUACAUUGCUUUGCAGCAUGGAUCACCUGAUGUGAAGAGGAACUAUGUGUAUCCCAGCCAACCUUCCCCAAUACCAGCGUUUCAGGUGUCACCUCAUGAAAGCCCCAAAAUUAAUUUAUUUCAGGAUUUCAGUUCAAGAAACAGGGGAAGCCCUCUAACAGUUAGAUCAAACACCCAAGAAUCUCCUUUAUGGUCAAAUUCGGGUAAUACUGAUGAAGCUGUAUCAAAAAUUGCUGCUAUGUUUCCAACUGUUUCCGAGACCCAUAUUCGACUUCUAAUGAAGAAGUUUCACAAUCGGGAGGUUCUCGUCAUAAGUGCUUUGCAGGUAGAAAAAAAUCCAGUCACCACUCCAGGCCCAUUUGCAACACCGCCGCCACAUCGUAACGCCUUCGAAAAUUUGGGCCACGCCUCCUGUAGCAUGACUCCGCCCUUAGGUGUACAGAGAGCUCAUUCUAAGGGAGGUAGUCCUAAUGCGAACCGUGAUUCGAACAGUUACACGAAUUCUCCUAGAAUAGGGGACUAUUUCAGGAGUUCCUCAAGACCGCAUCCUUCUCCUAAGCUCAAGCUAAGGUAUAUGAAGUCUAUUUUUCCACAAGCGGAGGAGACUAUGAUACUGGAAAUUUUGUCCAAUCACGAUCACAACAUACAAAAAACAUCAGAGAAGUUGCGUGAGAUGGGUUACGAGAAGAAAGAUAGUUUGAAAAUAAGUCAGCAGAAGUAUCAGGCGCAAGUCAGAGCACAGGAAGACAAAGAACAAACGCCUCAAUCGGGAUCAGUAAUACCAAUUCAAAAAACUAAAACUGAGGACGAGAAGAGGAAAGUUAAAUCUGAGCUCCAAGAUGAAAAUAAGAACAUACCGGAACAGUUAAUAACUAUGGCUUUGGAGAGUGUGAAUUUCGAUAAAGAAAAAGCAAGUAAUUUAUUGAAAGGAAUCUCUCUGGACGGAACAAAGAGUGAAGAAGGAAAAAUUGUAGAAUUUUCACAAGUUGACAAUCAAGCAAUUAAUAAGAGUGUUGAUGUCGUUUUGCCAGUUUCAAUGAGUCGGCAGUCUUUGAAAAGUUUGUUGAAAUCAGAAAAAACCGAGAAAGAGAAGAUAAAAAUUUGUCGUGGUGUCGAUAGCAGCUACUCUGGUUAUAAAUCGAAAAACCUUUCGAAUGUUAUGGGUCCUAAUCCUGCACUUGCUAAGGGGAACAAAGAAAAUCUAUUGCUAGAAGAUUAUAUCAAAUGGCAAGGUCCAGAUCAUAACCAUCGUAAAGGAGCAAAGCCAGGCUUGGCAAAUGGUCCAAACGCAUCCAAUAAGAUAGACAACAGAGUUGGGGCGAAUGGCCCAAAAUCUGAUAACUUCAAAGGACCAAACAAGAAUUUAGUCAAAGGAAGCAUUUACAAUCAGAUCAAAGCAACAGUUGGCGUCAGAGAAGAAUCACGGGGAAAAUAGUAUUUGUAUAAUUAUUGCUAUACGAUUCUUUCUUCUACUUUUUGCAUGAGCGGGAAAAACCGGCCUAUUGAUGAUAAUGUGCAAUCAGUGUUUUAAUUUGAGAUUGUUGAUUUUUGUUGAUCAAUUGUUGUUCUUUCAUAUCUGAGUGGAUGUGCGAAAUGUAUCUUUUAGUGUAAAUGACGCAAAAGGAUGAAAUAAUAAUUUUUGCUAGUCGGCUUCUUAGAGAACUCACAG